UUCGUUUUGAACACAUCACAACACCGUUGAAGACGCUUAUAGCGCAAGCACGAUGGGGAAGCAUUGCGGCGGAUCUCGCGAGGUGGUCAACAAAGUUCAGUUGGAUGGCAGUUGGAGUUUCCAAGCCCAAUUCAAAGCCCUGCAAGCGUGCAAUCAAGAGGAUGACUUGUCCUUCAAGACCAACUCGGUGAAAGAGGUUACUGAUCAUGGACGCAGUGAGGCCAUUGCGCGGCUUCAGAGUGUUCUUGCAGAGUCACCAGCACCUGUUAAGAAGCGAAAGGCCGAUGAGAUAGAGAAUGGUGCGAACGAAGACGAUCGGAAGAUUGUAGAGGCCUUGAAUGAGGCUGAGGCAGACUUGCGCAAGAACGUACGGACUUUGUUGGCUCCUUUGAAGGAACUGGAGAAGGUCGCUGGGCGCAGCGAAAGUGAUGCUGCAGCUCUGGCGAUUUUCCGACAGCUCCGGCAGUUGAACGUUACCGUAGAGUGCUUGAAAGCUACAAAGAUUGCAGCAGAGCUCAACAAACCAUGCUGGCGAGGUAGCCAAGCUGCACCCCGUGUGCGCAGUGCUGCUACAAAUCUCAUCAAGGGCUGGAGGAGCAUGUACAGGGCUGAAACUGGAAAGAAGGAUGGCGCACUCGAGGCCUCAAGGGCCAGACAAGUACGCAUACAGGCUGUCGACCUGGAGGAAAAAGUCUUUACGCAGACCCAAAAGAUGAACGAGUAUUGCCGUAUCAUCGAGCUGGUUUGUCAGGAUCUGAUGCAGUGCAGUGACAUCAGUCAACGUCUUCUACAAGGCACCCUUUCUGGGGAUGACCUUGUGACCAAAAAUGCUGGCCGCAUGCGCAUCAAAGCUCGAGCAGUCGAUGUCAUUGAUGUGGAGGAGAAAGAAGAGUCCAACCUUUGAGUGCAG